AUGGCGCUUUCGGCGCUGGACAAAAAGUACCCCCGUGAAUCCCAGCACAAUCCGGCUUUCAUCCCUCGAGGUGAGGUGGAAUAUGUCUUUGACGAGAUUGCAGAGUUUGUUGUCUCAGCAACCAGGAAGAACUGUCCAGAAACGGGCGACAUGGUCAUUGCUAAGGGGGAGUGUCGACUCACGCUCGGUGACAUGAGAGGACUAUCAUACUAUGUCCGUGACCUGACUGAUGAGCUCUUCAAACCCAAGGAGUACAGGACAAUGCACAUGAAACACCGCAGACCUACACCUGUCGUAUUCAACCCUCCAGUAGCCAUGCAACCAACAGGCUCCACAACUGCUGAUCCCAUAACGUCCCUAAACACUAGUCCAGCCGAUGGACCCAUCAGAUUCCCAGGCUUUCCACACAGGCUGCAGAGACUGCCAGGACCAAGCAUGGCUACCUUUGUCUCGGCGGAAAACGUGACCGAGAUCACCUGGUUUGGGCCCAUAUCAGGGUACCCAAGCCCUGAUGAGGUGGAAGCUGAAGAGAUUCCACUGCCCUCUCCCGAGGCACGAGAAAUUCCGGCCAUAGUUGUUACAAGACCCUCGGAAGAGGGAACCGGCACCUCAGCUGGCAACAGGCAAGGAACAGCAACCGCCGAAGGCAUGACGAGAAGACCACAAAACUCGAGGCAGGUCCUGGCGGCUGUAGACGAGGAGGGCGAGGCAUCGCAGUUGCAGGCACAGGACGAGCCCGAGCCGCCCAAGACGAUUCUCGGCAAGAUGCGCAGAAAGAGCGUCGAACUUGGUCAGACGGUUGGUGGCUUCAUGAACGGCGCGUACAGGAACUCAGACUAUAAGCCGCGCCGCGAGUCAAGCGCCUUGAGGAUGCGAGCCAUCCUCGACCGGCUCUCGCCACCGUAG